CCCCGGGUGACACUUGGCCACUCCAGGGCUCUUGUUUUGGAGUGCCCAGGCUGACAGUGACUGCUGGGCCCUGGGCAGAGUUGAAUGGUGCUUAUGAGCCCCACAGUGUUGCCCAAUGGCUCUGUUAGUCCUGCAAUGGUUGCACAGCUCUUGGGAAGCACAAGUUCAGCUGUUUUGUCCCAGUGGGCUGCCAGAGGCCUGGAGCUCUUGAGGUGGUGCAGAGCCACGUGCAGGUCCCUCAUGGUCACCAGGGCAAAAAGGGGGCCCAGCCCUGUGUGCCCAGCCCGCAGCAUUGCUCUUGACAAGGAUAAAACCUGCUACUGGUUUGCUGGGAUGUCCUGACCUGUGUCUGCCCUGCCAUGUGUUACCCCUGUCCUGAGCCCUUGCUCCUUUCUGUCCCCACACCACUGAUGGUCCGUGCCGGGCUAGUGCAUCUGCUGGGACAGGCUGUACCUCGGCUCUGGUGUGCAGAGGGCACUGCUGAGCACCCGUGCCCAGCUGGGACGUUGCUAAUGAGGAAGCAAGGAAGGAAAAAAAAAAAACCCUGGCUCGGCAAAGGAGGUACAAACGACCCAAGUCAAAUCACGCCUCCCAGCGUGGUGGCACAGACAACACAGACUGCCUCCCAUCUGGAGGAAGCCUGGCAGCUGAGCAGACCGUGGUAACGCUUCCAGUGAACACUCGGAGCCACACGUGAGGUUGCUGAGCUGAGGGUGUUGUGUUUAACAGUGGUUGGUGAGGUUCCAGCAGCACAUUAUGUCUGUGGGUAGCAGAACAGCUCCAGCACACCCAUCCCUUUCCAUGGCCCCCAGCACAGCUGUGGUAGGAUGAGCCCUGCCCUGCUCCUGCUGCUGUCCCUGGCCAGCUGCUCCCUGCUCCAGGGGACUCUACUGAGGCCACGGCGCGUCAGGCUGGAGGCACAGAACUUCCACGUCUUGCUGCGCUGGGAGCCAGACCCCAGCUCACCCAGCUCUGCCACCUAUGAGGUGGAGUGGAGGAACAGAACCUCAAACUGGACCAAGGCAGGCGCCUAUGGGGGGAACAGCAGAAACUCCUGUGUGUGUGAGCUGUAUUUUGACAGGAUUCAUGAUAUCUACUGGGCACGGGUGAGAGUGGUGGCCGGAGGUGAGCAGUCCGCGUGGGCCAUUUCCAGCGAGCUGCAGCUGUACAGAGACACAAUUGUUGGCCCCCCCAAGCUGUCUUGGCUGCUCCAGGACCAAAUCCUCAGCGUAAACAUCAUCACACCACCCACUCCCUACCAGAGAAGGACUGGUUCCUACAAGCCAGUCAACCGAGUGCUGCUGAAGCUGUGGUACUGGCUGCACCUGUACGAGGGGGACCUGCUUGUCCAGCAGGUGCCCUGCAAACGGAGCAGUGAGGAAGUGCCUUGCACCUUUGGGCACCUGAAGCCCAGCACACAGUACUGUGUCCGGACGGUGGCAGCAGACAUUGCCAGGGAGCGGAGCCAGGAGGCUGAGCAGUGCCUGGUGACUCCAGCAGCCCCCUCAGGCUUUCCAUGGGUCCCUGCUGUGCUGAGCGCCUUCUUCCUGCUGCUGCCGCUGAGUGUGGCCGGGAUGUGCUUCGUGCAGCUGCAUGUCUUUCCCAAUCCUCAGGAGAUGUGCCUCCCAAAAGCACUGGCUCUCCAGAACGGCGAGCUGAAUGUGGCCAUGCAGGUGCCUCCACUGCAGCUUGAGGAGGACCCACUGGCCCUGCUCCUGCAGACUGUGCUCCCCUCCCACGGGCCAUCCACAGCUGUGCAGGCAUCAGCCACGGUCCCACGGCUCCUGCGAGGCCUUGUCCAGGAUGCUGGAAUCAGUGGAGUCAAAAUGCAGUGACAAAUCCAGGCUCUUGGACUCACAAAAUUACUCUGGAUCUGGGAACAGUUGUAUCCAUGCCUGACAGAUGGGUACUGGCAAACAGAGGUAACCAAUGAUCUCUGGAUAAUGCACCUUCAACGACUCCAUGAGAAAUGAGAGCCUCUGUUUUGUGGUCAGCAGGGUCACAGUCAGCCUCGUGAUUAAAUAAUAGAGGCUCAGGCUGCUCAUCAUCCUGUCCCGUCUUCCUCAAGAAAGUCCCACUGUGAUGUCCAACCCCAUAAGAUGAGAGGACACAAUAGACUGAGAAACGUGGAUCUCAUGCCAAGACUUCAGAGGGACUUUCCAUGUGGCACCUAUGGAGCAAACACUGUUCAACCUGUCUGAGCCCCAGCCUCAGUGCAGGUAGGGAAAGGCACAGAACAAGUUGCCCUGUCUCCUCCAUGAAUAACACUUCAGGAUUUUAAGCUCUUGAAAGUUUAAAAUGUUCUUCUGCCUGUCAGUCACUUCCCCACUGCCCUUAGGAAAUGUGCUCAGUGAGGUAGGGCACGAGCUGCAGUCACAACAAGAAGGGCCUGGUUGAGGUCAUUCUGGCUGGAUUUCUCUGAAUUAAAGCCUUCCAGGGGAAGAGAAGUAAUUAGAAGCAUUUCUGGUUGGCUGAUAGCAUGGUAAUUUGAAACUGAAGUCAGGGGAAAAAAAACAAGAUCUCUAAUGGGAACUGGAAAAACCUCAACAUAGGAGAACUGGGCCAGGUCCCAGCAGACACAGCCAGCGGCUGGGGGCUGCCUCUGUACCUGCAGCUUUGGGAAGAGCGUGCACCACUCAGUGCUGUUCUCUCAGAAAAGCCAUCUUUCAUGACCCUGUCUCCUGGAUGGUGUUUUGGGACGUUGGAGCACCAGCCUCCAUCACUGCCUGCCUUUUUUCCAGAGAGCAAGGAUGAGUAUUUCCCUCUCCAAAACUCCCCGGAGCCCGGCACUUGCUCUGAAUUGUGCCACUUUGCUGUUGCUGUGAAGCCCAGACUGACCUCUCCCGUCUGCACCCACCCCAGGAGUGUCCCCUGAUGACCCCAGCCAGGGAGCUGAGGGUUACAUCAGCCACCUGGAGCUCACAGACACAUCUUCCAGGAGGAACUGCACAGCCAGCUUCUGGGAUGAAGAGGAGAGGCUCCUCCCAAUGCCAGCAAGGUCCAAUACUGCUCCAGCAAGGAAGCUCUUGGCAGCAGAGGACCAGCCUUGCCACUGGCUGAGCCCUGUCUCCAGGGACUGGAGCAUGCACUGAGAAUCAGCUUGGGAUGCCCAGGUGCCCAAAGGCUUUGUCACUGCCCUCUUGCAGAGAUGUGAAAAGAGCAGAAGACACGUGGUAGCCCUCAGGAAGGAAGAUCAUGCAAAAAGAAAGCAUGGAUCCAUGUGUUUUGUCCAAACCUUGGCCUCAUGUUCUCUCUCUUCUGAUCAACCUCCAAACCCCACUGGAGCCAGGGUUAACCUGCCCAGCCUUCCACAGCGCUUCCCACUGACACAACACACCACAGUGAAGAGCAGAGCUUCUGAAAAGCCAGACCUUGUGCAGGUCAGCAAGGAGAAGUGCCAAGUCCUGCCCCCAGGGAGGAAGAGCCCCGUGCACCAAGCCACAUUGGGCUGAUCUGAGCCAGUGAUCCAGGCCAGCAGAGUCUGCAGCUACAGCUUCACUUCUGCUAAACCUCAGAGGAGUUUCCACUGCAGGAAAGCCCCCACCACUGCACAGCACCCUCUAUGCCAGCAGCCUUCGUGCCUGGCUGACAGCACACC